GCUCCUCCCACCACCGGGGCCCCGCCUCCUCCUCCCCCUCCCCCAGGACCCCCUCCCCCUCUGGGACAUCCGGCCCCGCCCCCGGCCCCGCCCCUCCCCCCGGGUCUGUUCGCCCCCUCGGAGGACCGCCCCCUCUCCGGCCUGGCCGCCGCCCUCGCCGGAGCCAAGCUGCGCAAGGUGUCCCGGGGAGAGGAUGCAGGGGCGGCUCUGGCUGCAGCGAUGGCGGGGGCCCUUGGGGGGAAACCGGAGGCCCGGGGGAACGGGCCUCUGCCUGGGGGAGGCGGCCUCAUGGAGGAGAUGAGCGCCCUGCUGGCCAGGAGAAGGAGGAUUGCAGACAAGGGCUCCUCUCCUGAACCAGAACAGAGAUCAGAGGAUGGUGAUGUCAACACAACCCCUAAAGUUUCGGCCUGUAGCACGCCAGACAUGCCGAGGAAGCCGUGGGAGAGGGCCAACACCAUGAACGGUAGCAAGUCUCCGGUGAUAGGAAGAAGAGAGUCUCCGUGGAGGAAUGCCAUGUCUGCAGACCCCUCCAGCAGGCCUAGGUCUACUCCUCCUCCGACGGGAUCUCUAAGUGCCAACGGAGUGUCGGCCGAACCGCUCGACUACGACCGCUUGAAACAGGACAUUCUGGAUGAGAUGAGGAAGGAGCUGUCAAAACUAAAAGAAGAGCUCAUUGAUGCGAUCCGAGAGGAGCUGGGGAAGUCCAGCACGGCGUAGAGGCGUGACAACUUCCUGUUCCAACACAUCUACUUCCUGUUGAGCUGGCAUCGAACCCAGACCCCUCGGAGCGACAGCGACCACCACCACCACCACCGCGGGGGUUACCAUGACAACAGAUCAACCAAUCAGGAGGACAGUGAUGUCUUUAUGCAAGAUGGCGUCUCUGUGCAGGGGGGUGGGGGAGACGGACAGACCCCCCCCCGAGGAUACUGUUGAACGAGUCUGUUUCCCAUAAUGCCAUAGGGUAGCGAGCGUGUGUGUGAGUAUGUGUGUGCGUGAGUGUGAGAGUGAAGGGGGGGUGGGGGUGUCUGUCCACACCUACAGGACUCUGAUAACUCUGUCUUCCUUGAACAAUAUUUUAAUCUCAAUAUGUACAAAAGAGAGUAAAAACAAAACUAUUUAGAAAAAAAAAAGUGUAAAUCUAUAAACCAACCAUGUUUGUGUUGACGUGUAGAAGCGAGGCCGGUAUGAAGUAGCUAAUCACUCUCCGCGGGUCGCUUCACGGUCCCGCCUCUCUUUCUCUCUCUCUCUCUCUCUGUGACCUCACGACCUUCUGUCAGACAGGAAGUCCCUCCCUCCUGCCCUCCGUGUCGCCCCGUGGCGAGGACUCACGCCGCCGUAGCUUUCUACCAAACCUUUCAUCAACAAGUGCUGAUUGCUAACCGUUAGCGUGCUAAGCUAAGCCUCCGCGGCCGGCCACGUAGAUCGAGUUCUUUGAGCUUUUACCGGGUGCAAAGCGACUUAAAACGCGCGUCUUCAUUUGAACUUUGAACCAGCUCUCUGGCGCCCCCAAGCUGUGCACGUGGGAUUGUUUGUUUUUUAUUAUAGAACUACGGUGAAAGACGUCAAACUGCCAAGACAUGAGGCCCACCUAGGACAGUUUAUCACGAGCAAUAAGUGUAGCAUGAGUCUAAACAUCUCCACACGUCCCCUCCAACACCCCCCACCCCCCAGAGAGAGACUAAAUACCUAUCCUCUAAAAAUUUGCAGAAAUGUUUGUCUUUUUUUUUCUUUGGUCUAAUAUUUAACUUCCUAAAUAUAAACCCCUUUUUAAACCCUUCUCAUUUCAUGCAUUUUUUGGUUUCUAUGAAAAUCCGGAUGCUGAUGUGUGUGUCAGCCAUGUGUGACCCCAUAGGAGUCCAGGGGUACAGAACCUGUGUGGAGACGGGACUGGGCCCAUGCCACCGCCACUGGGCCGCAUCAUGUAUUGUUUCUUUUUACUUUUAUUCUGCCUUCUCCUGUCAUCAAAACCUAAUAACGAUAUGCCUGAGAAGUGUUGGUUGGUUCUGAAGUGUUUAAGGUCAGAGGUCAUAGGUCAGAGUAGGUACAAUCAUCAGAAAGAGUCUAGUCGACACCAUGACCUCGGCUGUAAGGUACCAGAGAUAUACACGGUACCAGAAAUAAAGUACACAAGGUACCAAAAAUAAUGUGUACAAGGUACCAGAAAUAAAGUAUGUAAGGUACCAGUAAUAUCGUAGGCUAUGUAAGGUAGCAAACAAAACACACAAAGUACCAUUGAUAAUGAGGUGCUCUGGUAUUUAUUAUGCGGCCUUCGGUCAGAGGAGGUUGUUGAAGGGAAAGGAGGGGAGGCGUACACUCAGGAGAGAAGGGGUACACUCUCAGGAGAGAAGGGGUACACUCAGGAGAGAAGGGGUACACUCAGGAGAGAAGGGGUACACUCAGGAGAGAAGGGGUACACUCUCAGGAGAGAAGGGGUGCACCUUAAGAAGAGAAGGGGUACACUCUCAGGAGAGAAGGGGUACACUCAGGAGAGAAGGGGUACAUUCAGGAGAGAAGGGGUACACUCAGGAGAGAAGGGGUACACUCUGAGAAGAGAAGGGGUACACUCUCAGAAGAGAAGGGGUACACUCUGAGAAGAGAAGGGGUACGGAGACCAGAGGAUCCGAAUCACUCCACAAAGUCGCCUUUUUUUUUUUUCUUUGUCCGUUUUACCUGCUAUAUCGGGGUCCCCACGGGGAAAGUAUAUGGUUUUCACAUGGUUUCCUCUAUCUGUGAUACGAGAUGGUUUGUGCCUUGUUCUGAAGUCUAACAUGUUGAAGAUUUAAAUGACUAAUGUUGAUAUAGGGACACAUUAUCUUUGUUGUUUCAUUGUCCACUAUUUUCCCUGCCUCUGCAUCACCUUCCUGCUUUUAUAUAGUUCAUUUAUUUAUGUAAAACGGCGACUUUGCGUACUGUUUGACGUUGGGGAGUUGAAACCGGGCGGACCACUUUGAAAGCUAGCAGGCUCGUUCGGACCCUGCUACAAACCCUGGGUGCCUCUGAACCCUGAACCCUAUCGGACAUCAAACCCUCCUCCUAGAGAGCAGACCAACACCUCGGAUUAUUAUGGGAUGCGGACGGCGUCGGCAGAAUCCACGGGAGCGUUUGCAGUCAGAAGACGAUGUAAUCAUCCACAUUGUAGGCUACCAUACUGUUGUCAUGUUACCUAGAAUUUUCUUACAUGCUAACAUAUUGUUUUGUUUGAAUAAAAAAAUAAAAAAAUGCAAUACACGAA